UAUAUAUAUAUAUAUAUAUAUAUAUAUAUAUAUAUAUAUAUAUAUAUAUGCCAAGCCACCAGUAUAUUCUGAUCCAACACCACCAAGAAAGAAAUGCUUAUUUGGCAACAAUCUUACAAGCAUUUAUGUCAACAGAAAGCUGCCUGCUCCAAUACGUGUGUGGAUCUCCAAUACUACAUCCUUAUCCCACACAGGACAUGUUAUCCAUAAUUGCAGGGAAAGGACGAGAAUCAGAACACAUAUUCGAAAUUCUACCUGAAAAUUCACACUGGUGCCUCAGAGAGAGGAUUGACAAUGAACAACUCAUUGAAUGGAUUAAAGAAUGUGUGCUUGUAAUAGCAUCUGUCUUGAAGACUUCUACUGAAGAUUCCUCAGGCAAACUUUAUCCUUCUAAAGCAUCUCAUUUGGUAAUAGUAAUGAUAAGAGACUCAUCCAUGAAUAAUUUAGACACUAACAGGUUAUCUAUCCGGAUAGCUCCUUAUGUUUUGUGGGAUCAGACUACAAAGGACGCAUGGUUUGGGAGUGAUGUAUCAAGAAAGAUGUCCAUUAUACAAAUCAUGAUCGACAACUAUCAUCAAAUAUUUGGAAAUGAUAAUAUAUUUUAUAAAUGUAUUGACAGAAGAUCUGAGGAUUUAAAGACUUGUGCAGAUUCAAUAAAUUCUUCUGGCAAAUCACCUAUUAUGAAAGAAUUCCUAGCUGGCCACAACAAGAAAACAUGCGAUAAUGGUGAAAAAUUAGAAAAUUUCAUCCAUUCCUCUGCAGGAGGAAGGUCCUACAGAUGAGCCAAGAUUUAUUUAGGCAUCAAAUGAAUGGAAGAAUGACAUCAUUCACUUAUUUCAUAAAUUUGUAAAUAUGAGAGUAGUUUUGGCCACAAAAUGAUAUUAAAGUAUGGAAAAACAUUUUAACCAACACUAAUUAAAUUAUACUUAAAUUUAUGCAUAUGUAUAUACAAACAUAUAUAUGUAUAUAUAAUUUAUAUGUAUACACACAAACAGACACACACACAAAUACUUAGGUACUAUAUAUACCACAUGUAAGUAUGAUAGACUCUUUAUUCAGCCUAUGUAAGAAUCCCACAAUAUUGCCAUUCUUCCUAUGGUCUUUAAGUCAUAGAGGAUUCAUGCAUAUAAAAUUAUUAUUUUUUAUAAGAUCAUUUAGAAACAAUGUUUUAAUUUAUACCUCCAUUAGAGAUUCUGCAUGUUUAAGUCCUGUACCACUGUCAACAUGCUUUUUUAUUUUAAUGCAAAAAUAAUAAUGUUUAUUUAAUUUCCUACAAGAGACAAUCUUGCCAAAUGCUUAGCAUUGGCAUAAAUAUUAAAUUGCAAUGGAUCCACUACAAAACCUACGUGAAGAGAGAUAAAGAGGCUAAAACGCACCUGAUUAAUAUGGUAGUACCACUCAAAUUCCUAUACAUUGAUAACGCAAGUAAUUAUUUGUAUAGAGUUAAGAAAAUAUACCGAAAUAUUGCUCUUAUCUGAAGUGAAGUGAAUCUAUCAUCUGAGAAUGUUUGUCUAACAAUGACAUUUUAUGGUUCAUUUAACAGGACAGAACAGAACAACUACCACAUAUAAGUGGUAGAAAAUGACUGAAGACAUUUAUAAGGUCAUUCUAUUUUAAUGUUCCCUUCUACCUUCCACUUAAUCAUAGCAGAACAAUUAUUACAACAUCCUGCUUCAGCAUUCAUAUGCUAUCAUAAUAAAUGUUAUAAUAAAUAAAAGUGUUAUUGCUUACA